AUGCGAUCGUUCCAAGACUCGUAUCUCUAUACCGGUCUCCGAGACACUCUCUGGGGCACGUCCACCGCCCAGGGCGAUCCCCGCAAGAGCGUCAAAUGGAUUGAUGGCCUGCGCGGCAUCGCCUCCUUCUUGGUCAUCUUAACCCAUCUCGCCCGUGCCUGGGAUUAUGCCUUGUUUUCGCCUCGAGACGAUGAAGAAGUCCCUCCCCGUGUUCUGCAGUGGCCCGUUCUGCGCAUCCCCUGGCAGGGGCGCAUUGGCGUGACCAUCUUCGCCUUCUUGACGGGCUAUGUGUGUGGUCUGAAACCGAUGAAGCUCUCACGCGCGGGCAACCAUCUAGGGGCCUUUACAGCCGUUGCCAAGAGCGCGUUCCGUCGUCCUCCUCGCCUCAUCCUGCCCGCCACCAUCGCGCUGAUUAUCUCAUGGGCGAUGGCGCAGUCCGGCGCCUUCAACGUCGCCAACCGGUCGGAUUGCUGGUGGUGUCGAUACGCGGCGCCUGAUCUCGAGGACUCUUUCCGCAGCGAAGUCAUCCGACUGGGGCAGAACUUCCUGAGCACUUGGACGACGGGCUACAUGGCAUAUGAUGAUCACCAAUGGGCACUACUCCCGCUUCUGAAGGCCUCGAUGCUUGUCUAUCUCCUUGUCUGUGCGACUAUGUUUGUUCGAUUCCGCUGGCGGGUCGUCAUCUACUCUCUGAUGAUCUUGUACUUUCACCAAGACGCUUCCAAGGACACUGAGACAUUCCAGAUUCAAGCAAUCUACGGCCUCUUCCUCGCCGAUCUCUCUCACUCCUCUACCCUCCCCACCCUCAUUCACGCAUACCCCUGGCUGCGCCGCAUUCUCAUCCUCACCUUCCUCCUUCCCUUGGGCCUCUACGUGGCCUCAUACCCCGGGGAGAACCCCACCUGGUCCCCCUGGUCUGAACAGCUCUUCACCCUCGCCACCUACAUCUUCCCUCCCGAGGUGAACAUCGGCAAACGGUACACCGCCAUUGGCGUGGACCUAAUCAUCGCCGCCAUCUACCUCUCCCCCACCGCCCAACGCUUCCUCUCCUCGGGGCCUCUCCUCUGGCUCGGCAAGCAAAGCUUCGCCGUUUACCUUGUCCACGGCACCCUGCUCCGCACUGUCCUCUGCUGGAUGCUAUACGGGACGAUCUCCGGCGAACCGUGGGUCGAAACCGUCGACGACACCGGCGCCGUGAUUCUCCCGCCGUGGCUGCCCGUGAAAGGCGGAUGGUCGUGGGGAUGGAUCAUCGUCUGGAUUGGGAUCGUCUAUGCGGUUGCGAUGCUGUGGACGGGAUACGUCGAUCCCUGGUGUGCGCGAGUGACCGCUUGGAUCGAGAAGAAGGUGUUCAAUAGUGAGGAUGAGAAAGAUGCACAGGGGGAUCUUGAGGGGGGUCGGAUGCGUAGGAUGGUGGUUGAGUAG